UGUUGCGUUGAGUGACACUUGUUGAACAAGUUUCAACUUUUCAGACAAACUCUUUUUUGUUGAGAAUGAAUAGAGAGGAUAACGUAAACUGGUUUCAUGGGAAAAUAUCUCGGGAGACCGCAGAAAAGCUUUUAAAAGAAGAGGGCGAAGAUGGUGUUUUCUUAGUGCGUGAGAGUAACUCUUCACCUGGAGAUUUCGUACUUUCCGUACUACAUCAGGGUGAAGUAGUCCACUACCAAAUCAGGAGACAUGGGGAAGAUGCAUUUUUUUCCAUUGAAGAGCACACCACAGUGCAUGGUCUGGAUACACUCAUACAGCACUACCGUGGAGACUCCAAUGGGCUUGUCACGAGGCUCUCCGUUGUGUGCAAAGGGCAGCCGCCUCCACAUGAAUCUAGAACUCAGGGAACAACUAAUCUAUUGCAUAGGGCAACGGAAGCUGGUGACUACAACAUUGUGUCGAAGCUGCUAGCAUGUGGUUACCGCAGUAGAGACGCAAAGAAUCAAGAUGGACAGACCGCAGUACAUAUCGCCGCUAAGGCGGGUCGCGAUAAUAUUCUAGCGAAGCUGAUAGAGAGCGGCGCCACUGUCAAUGUACGGGACUCAUUUGGUUACACUCCAUUACAUUACACAUGUCAAAACAACUUGGCAAGUACAACGGAACUACUGAUAACUAAAGGAAACGCUAACUAUCAAAUGAGACACGCGCCUACUGGGAAGGUUCCGCUACACGACGCUGCACAAAGAGGACAUAUUGAAUGCAUAAAGGUGUUGUUGAGAUUGAAAGCUCCGGCUCAUCCACGAACAUUAACCAACGACACUCCUGCUCAACUAGCUAAGCAUUAUGGUCAUACAGAAUGUUACCAAUUACUAAAAAAUUAUAAGCCAGAGGAAUCAAAUACCACAAAAAUACAGUGGUAUCAUGGAACAUUAAAUCGUGAAGAAGCAGUUAAAACAUUGGAAGAAUACUGCAAACAACAUAACCUGAAAGACAAAGUUACAGACGGUGUAUUUCUAGUGCGAUACAGUGAAAGACACACAGGGGCGUAUGUACUGACGAUGCUUAGUGAAAACACACCAUAUAAUUUCAUAAUAAGAAACGAGAAUGAAUGGCUAUUUAUAGAUGACGGUCCAUAUUUAGAGUCACUAGAAAGACUCAUAGAACACUAUAGCAGUGUGCCAGAUGGAUUACCCACUAGACUGACUACACCCGUACCUCCCAAGCCUAAGCCACCCUUGCCAGAGUUCUCAACAAUGCCACGAACAAAGAAAUCACCGUCAAAGCGACAUAACUUGAAUCAGUCAUUGUCGCUUGUAAAGCACAAUGUGUUGAAUGAUGAACAAACAUCCAUCAAUAAUAACGCAUUUGAACUCCUUACAAGAAAUUUAUCUUUCUCUUCCGACUUCAACAACGACAGUAUAAACAAUAAUGACGACGGACAACUAGACAAUGACACAUAUAAAGUACCAGUUAAUAACAGUGCUGUUGUGUCCCUUGCUGAAAAUUACAAUGAAAUAUCAAUUAACUCUGAUGGCCAGCUAUCCACGCUGCAAGAAUUCAUCCCCUUCAGCGAAUUAACGCUGGGCGCGGUGCUCGGCGAGGGCGAGUUCGGGUCAGUACUACGGGCGGUCUAUGCGGCGCCCGGCCAGCAGCCCAUCGCCGUCGCCGUCAAGACACUGCAUGUACAGCACACUGACACCAAUAAACAGGAGUUCCUGGCUGAGGCCAAGGUGAUGAUGUCGCUGCGGCACCCGUGCAUCGUGCGGCUGCUGGGCGUGUCGCCGGGCCCGCCGCUGGCCAUGCUGCAGGAGCUGCUGCCGCUGGGCUCGCUGCUGGCCGCGCUGCUGCGCGAGCGCGCCGCCGCGCACGAGCUGCGCCUGUGGGCCUGCCAGGUGGCAGCCGGCAUGCGCUACCUGGAGCGACGGCGCUUCGUGCACCGAGAUCUCGCCGCUAGGAACAUACUACUCGCUAGCAGGCACCAAGUGAAAAUAAGUGACUUUGGCUUAUCACGCGCCCUGUCAGCUGACAGUUCUUACUAUAAGGCGAGUCACGGCGGCAAGUGGCCCAUCAAAUGGUACGCUCCAGAGUCCUACAACUACGGCACCUUCAGCCACAAGUCAGAUGUCUGGAGUUACGGUGUCACCUUGUGGGAAAUGUUCUCUUAUGGCCAGCAACCAUAUGGUGACAUGAGAGGAAUCGAGGCUAUACAAAUAGUAGAAAGCGGUCAACGCUUAGAGCAACCUGAAGACUGCCCGGACGAGAUCUACCAAGUUAUGCUUGACUGUUGGGCAUACAGCCCGGACCUCAGACCAACUUUCAGCAAACUUGUUGACGUAUUUGCUCAGAAUCCAGACUACGUCAACAUUUGUCAGAUAGCUAUAGACAAUGAAUGAUUUAUUGAACAAAAAUAUAUAAAUUAGGAUAUUUUUCUAGAUAUCAUGACAUUUGAAACUGAUACAUUUAAUAUAUGAAUUAUUUAAUCUUU